AUGGCCGUACUUGUGCGUGAACCUACGUUUGCUCAGCUUGUGGGAGCCGGAGUUGGGCUGUUGUCCUUCUACCUUAUCGCCGGUGCAGUAUACCGCCUUUAUCUUAGCCCAUUAGCUAAAUUCCCCGGCCCAAAACUUGCCGCACUCACGCUUUGGUACGAGUUCUACUUCGACGUCGUACUUCGUGGCCAGUUUACUUUUCACAUCCGGGAGCUACACAAAAGAUACGGUCCGAUUGUCCGCAUAAACCCAUACGAGCUGCACGUCGACGAUCCGGAUUUCUACGAACAGCUCUACGGCGGAUCCGGCAGAAGAGUUGAGAAGCUGCCGUGGUCGGCAGCCAUGUUUGGCAACGACACGAGCAUGAUUGCUACCGUGUCACAAGAACAUCACCGCGCCCGGCGGGCACCACUAAACGCAUUCUUCUCGAAGCAAUCGGUAUACAAACUGGAGCCAAUGAUCCGCAAUGCUGUCUCGCUGCUGUGCAGUCGUUUCGAAGAGUUUCGGGAAUCCAAGGAGCCGAUUGUGCUUAACAAUGCAUUCUCAGCGCUGACGACGGAUAUAAUCACUGAAUAUAGCUUCGCAAAGAGUGCGGGCAUGACACUGAAGCCCUACUUCUCGCCAGAAUAUUCAAAGUCGUUGAUUACCACAUCUGAGUUCUCGCUCCUUAACAAGCAGUUUCCGUUCGUUCUGCAUCUGCUCCGAAGGCUUCCCGACUGGCUGGCUGUGAAACUGGAACCGAACACCGCUGCAUUGAUCGAAUUUCAAAAGGGAAUCGAAGAACAGCUUCUACCAAUUAUGGAAGGCCGGAGCACCGAAAGUCAAACGAGCACGAAGCAACCGACCAUUUUCCAUGCACUCCUCCAGAGCAGUCUUCCCGAUUCCGAGAAGCAGCUCCAGCGCCUUAUUGAUGAGGGGCAGACUAUUGUCGGCGCCGGUUCAGUUACUACGGCCCAUUAUCUCACAGUGACAUCCUACCACAUUCUGGCAAAUCCUCACGUCCUGCAAAUGCUCCAAGAAGAGCUUCAACCUCUCAUGGCAAAUGGAACUGCAUUGCCAUCUCUUCGUUCUCUGGAGCAACUGCGAUACCUGAAAGCGGUCAUCAAUGAGGGUUACCGCAUAUCUUACGGCAUCACUGCGCGCCUUACACGAGUAUCUCCUGAUGCAUCGCUUGGAUAUAGGGACUGGCUUAUCCCUGCUGGCACACCAGUGGGCAUGACCUCCGUUCUAAUUCACGAAAACGAAAGGCUUUUUCCCGAACCGACGGAAUUCCGACCGGAGCGUUGGCUGCAGCCGGGCGCGCAGCAACUGGAAAAGUAUCUAGUAACCUUCAACAGAGGAAGUCGAGCAUGUUUGGGCCUGAACCUGGCGGGAGCUGAAAUUCCUCUGGCGCUGGCAGCGGUCUUUGGUGGACGUUUUGGGCUAGAGCUGUUCGAGACGGAUCGGAGCGAUGUGGAUCUGAAGCACGAUUUCUUCAACCCUAGCCCGAGGUUGGAUUCCAAGGGUGUGAGAGUCGUUUUCACCUGA